CGUCACGGCCAUGACAGCAUGGUCUGUGACAGUCUGUUUGUUCAGCUGCAGCGUCCUGAAGUUUAUCAGAAAAACUGGACUGAUCCUCCCGCUUGCUUCCCAUUUCUGCUCGAAAUCGACGGAUGACAACAUACAAAUGGAUCUGAGUGACAUGAGAAAGAAAUAUAAAAGCGACGAGGAGGCUUUUGAAGAGGAUCAGCUCAUUUCCCUUGACCCUAUUAAGCAGUUUGGCGAGUGGUUUGAUCAAGCAACAAAGUGCCCUGAAAUUGGUGAGGCCAACGCCAUGUGCCUUUCAACAGCAACCAAGGACGGGAGGCCUUCUGCUCGAAUGUUGCUGCUGAAAGGUUACAGUAAUGAGGGCUUCCGCUUCUUCACAAACUACGAAAGCCGUAAAGGUAAAGAGCUGGAGACAAAUCCCCAUGCCUGUCUUGUCUUUUACUGGGAACCACUGAAUAGGCAGGUUCGGAUUGAAGGUACUGUAGAGCGAAUCACACGUCAGAAAUCUGCUGAGUAUUUUCACUCGAGACCCAAGUGCAGUCAGAUUGGUGCAGUUGUGAGCAAGCAGAGCAGUGUGAUACCCAACAGAGGGUACCUAAGAGAGAAGAAUGCGGAGUUGGAAGAGAAAUACAAGGACUCGGAGGUCCCCAUACCGGAUUACUGGGGAGGCUACAUUGUCAAGCCACAUCAGAUUGAGUUCUGGCAAGGUCAAAGCAACAGACUGCAUGAUCGUAUUGUUUUCACAAGAAUCAAGGAGGGCGAGACUGAACUUCAAGAGAUGCAGCAUCAGGCCGAGGGAGGUUGGGUGUACCACCGGUUGGCACCCUAACAGGAAACCCUUAUCAGAGUCAUCAUUCUAUACUAACUACAGUAUAUUAGGAAGUUAACCGAAACACAGAUGCUUUUUGUUUAGGUAAGAUUCAGGAUAUGCCAAGUUGUAGUUUUAUCUGUUUUUAGACAAAAUGUUUUUGUACCAUAAAAUGAAUAAUUAUUUUAGUCUGUAAUGUUUGAGUCUCUUCAAUAGGUUAGUAUCGCUUAGUAUUGCAAAGGGCAAUAUGGUGAUAAUGAUGCACUCUGACACCCUAAUUAGGUGAUAUUGUCUUUAAUGUAGAUAAUCGCAUCAUUUAGUUUAAAAUACAAUAUACAAUUGUGCUUUUAUUAUUUGUUAGUCACAACUCUAAUAGCAAAGGAAUAAUGGUCCAGUGAUAGUGCAUGCUUCAUCUGGCCCACUAGGAAUAAUGGUGAUGAAUUUAUUUGUAUCUGGCUGCCAGAUCACAGUGAUAGCUGGAAAAGGCUGCAUGUUUACAGCUGGGUCACUUUCAGCCCUAAACUGAAAUGCAGCACAAGCAGUGGUGCAUUUCGUCCAUAUUCCAAAAGCAUAUUUGGACCAGAUUUCUUUGCUAUUACAGCAGUGUUAUCCCUAAACCUGUAGAAACCACUUUUCUACAUUACUGGCAUUAGAUAGUAUGUAAAUGAUUUUUAGCUGGUAAGGGAUCUCGACUGGUUCUGCAAGAAAAUUUCUGAAUGAACAAGAAAGCAUUACCAACCAUUUUAUCCAUGAACAUUCACGUUGUUUUACUGUAGUGUAGGAAGUUCCUCUAAUGAUAUACAGAUGCUGACAAAUUAAUGGGGAAAAAAAAUCUACAAGUCUCUGGAACUGUACUGAAGUGAUGAACAUCAUUCCUUUUAAAUUAUAUUCCCUCAUAGGUAUUCAGGCCAUAACAUAUAAUUUACAUCAUUUUUGUAUGCAUCAAAGCAUUUGGAAGAUCCCAUCAGGAUAGAGAUGUUUCAUCACAGGACAAAGAUGAUGAGUCAGAAUAAUCCAAACCCAAAGAUCCCAAAAUUUGUUUGUGGAUUUAAAAGAAAUGUGUUACUCAGUAGUUGGUAGACCAGUAGAUGGCAGUGUUGGAGCAAAUGAUACAGAAGUUGGUCCCUAUGCACACUGUUUUACAGUUGGAACAGAGAACCAUCUUGAUCUUUUGUCAGUCAGUUGAUUUUAUUAUGCUCAUUUGAUGAAACAGUAGGCAAACUAUAGGCAACACGUACCAAAGUAGAUAUGUUGUAUUUAAACACGUGUAGAGUAUCUGCCCUUUGUGAAUGUCCUGGUGAAGUAAAACAUUGAAAAUGGC